UGGGAGAGAGAGGGGAGAAGAAGUCUUUGUAUCCUUCUUGACCUCUCCAUUGCCAGUCUGUAAUAUACUCAUUAAUCAUUAUACACUUUUUUCUCGUUUAUUUAUAUGAUGAUAUGAAUACAACACAUAUUAUUGUAUAAAAGCCUACACCCCUUUCCUUAUUUGGACCAAUCUUCAUUACUCAAUUAUCUCUUGGCAAAAAAAAAAAUCAUGAGUCUUUUUGGCCUUGGAAGCAGAAACCAGAAGACUUUUCGUCCUAAAAAAAAUGCUCCAUCAGGAAGCAAGGGUGCACAGCUCAAAAAACACAUAGAUGCUACUUUGGGUAGUGGGAAUUUGAGGGAAGCAGUGAGGCUACCGCCUGGAGAAGAUCUACAUGAGUGGCUGGCUGUAAAUACUGUUGAUUUUUUCAACCAAGUGAAUAUAUUGUAUGGCACUCUCACUGAAUUCUGCACUUCAUCAAGCUGUCCAACAAUGUCUGCAGGGCCAAAGUACGAGUAUCGUUGGGCUGAUGGAGUAAAUAUAAAGAAACCCAUAGAAGUUUCUGCUCCAAAAUAUGUGGAUUAUCUGAUGAGUUGGAUAGAAACUCAGCUAGAUGAUGAAUCAACUUUUCCUCAAAAUUUGGGUACGCCAUUUCCGCCUAAUUUUCAAGAUGUGGUGAAGACAAUAUUUAAGCGAUUAUUUCGUGUAUAUGCUCAUAUCUAUCAUUCACAUUUCCAAAAGAUUAUCAGUCUACAGGAAGAAGCUCAUAUGAAUACCUGCUUCAAGCACUUUGUUCUGUUCACAUGGGAGUUCCGCUUAAUUGACAAGGCAGAACUAGCACCUCUGUAUGAGCUCAUUGAAUCUAUUCUGCAGCUUUAGCGCUGUGCUGUGAUUCAUUUUCUACAUUCUUUUUUCUUUCUUUCGAUGAUUCAUUGAUUAGUUUGAGUGAAGAGAAGAUGGUUAUGUUGAUGGAUCGGGAAACCCGAAAAACAUGGGAACCUGUUCCAGAAUUUACUUCAUUUAUAAGAACUUUCAUGGUUUUGAUAUUGAAUUGUAGUACCUUAUAGAUUUUCCUAGCACUCUUUGUAAUUGAAUAAGCUAUUUUACAAAAGUGUGUUACUGUAAAGGAAAUGGCAUAUUUUAUGUCUUAGUUCAAAGACUACAUAUGAUGAAAAGGCAAUGCUUGUCCACUGGAUUUUGUUAUAUUUGAAAUUUGGAGGUUAACUGA